AUGCAGCCCCAGCUCCACAACCAGCGCGUGCAGCAACAUCAGCAACAGCCGAAUGCUCAGCCGCAGCAGCAACCACCACGACAGCUCCAACAGCAACGAGAGGCGACUACUGCGCCCGCUCGAAAGAGCAACAGCAAGGAAAGCCAAGGGAGGCCCCCGACAGUCGACGCGGAUACCGAGAACAGCCUCCCCAAUAAGAUUUCAGCGGCAGGUUCCUCUCGCCACAGCGCCUCCGCCGAAGAGAAAAGAGAAAACAGCACAAACUGUCACUCGGAGGCCCUCAGGCAACGGAAGCUGCCUACGGAGGAGUAUAAGUUUCCGUCGCUGCAGCCUCCGCCUAACCCGCGCGACUUCUCUCCUGAUGAGGCAUCACUCGAAGGCCUCCCGGAGGCCCGCUUCAAGCCGAGACAAGACGCAAGAUGCAGUAAUAGCAGCAGUAGCAGCAGCAGCAACAGCAGCAUUACUUGGAUUCCUGAUGACUGCAGGACGCCCAUUCAGCAAGAGAUUCCUCUCGGUUCCUGGCCUUCGCCAGAAAAAGCCCCAUUUGUUCCUUCUCCUAUCGCCGAGGAUCUCGUAUGCCUGCAAAGGAGGGAAGGAAUUCAGUUUACCUCAAACCAGAGGAGCUGUAGCAACAGGAGAAUGUUUGAGAUAGGCUUCCCUCUCUCCAACUCGCAUGAGAAGGAGGCCGUUGUACUGCGGACACCGAUACCAGCGGCCGCCACACCUGCCUACUUUCCAAUCUAG